GGAGAGGGGAGAGGGGGCGGGCGGCGCGGUCGCGCGGGGGCGCCGCUGGCUGCUCCCGGGGCUCCUACGGGCUCCACGACGGCUCUGGCGCGCCUGUCAGUCCCUGAGCCGGAGGUUUCGUGUUCCGGAACCUCAUUCGGACAGUUCCAAGGGGGGAAAGCGGGUCGUGAGGCUUUUGCACUUGGCUGGAGGUGAACAUGAAAACCAGACGUGGGAUGUAAUGAAGGCAAAGGGACCGGUGGAAAACUGGACGAAUGUCUCAGUUGGACGAGAAUUUUCUGCCCAGCUGGGCCCCCAAUACUACGGUAAUUCAAGCUUGCCUGUAUUGGAAAUCCGAGUAUUUUAUUCUCCUGGAUCUCAUAAGCAAGCGCCCUCAGUCUUGACCUUCUUGUUAAGAAAAUGAGGCAGAAGGAAGUAUUAACCAAGACCCUCCAAGGCCCCGCCAUUGUCUGUAGGACUCCAACCAGCCACGUUUACAUGUUUGAGAACAGUGGUGGGGACUCGGGGGACUCCUCUGAGGAAGAGUCCCACCAUGUGGCUCUGCGGCCCCGGGGCAAGGAGCGCCACCAGAAGAAGGGUGCCCACCACCCUCGCCAGCCAGGAGCAGGGGACGUGGUGCUGCUGCAGCGGGAGCUGGUCCAGGAGGACAGCCUCAACAAGCUUGCUCUUCAGUAUGGCUGCAAAGUCGCAGAUAUCAAGAAAGUCAACAACUUCAUCAGAGAACAAGACUUAUAUGCUUUGAAAUCUAUUAAGAUUCCGGUGAAAAAUCAUGGGAUCCUAACAGAGACCCACAAAGAACUCAGACCCCUCCUGAGCCCAUCCUCAGAGACAAGAGUGACCUUCGAGGAGCAGCCAGAUCCAGACAGAGCGGCUGUAGGCACCGGUGCCCUGUCCAGCCCACUGACAGAUUUCUUUAAGGGCAUUGACCAGAAUAUUGAGCGUGCAGUGCAGUCAGAAAUCUUUUUAAAUGAAAGUUACUGUGUAGAGACCUCCAGUCAGCCGCUGCUUCCAGCUCCUCCGAAGACCUUGACAAAUGGUGCAGACUGUGGAAUUCAGUGGUGGAAUGCUGUUUUUAUCAUGCUUCUAAUUGGGAUUGUUUUACCAGUGUUUUAUUUGGUCUAUUUUAAAAUGCAGUCUACUGGCGAGAUCCCCAGUAGCUGGAACACAACUACUGUCCCCAAUGGCUCGAUGGCUAUGAGUGCAAUUCCAGGGCAAGCCCCCAAAUUAGCAGUUCCGGUGCCAACCAUCCCCUCUUCAGAUGGCCAUUUCAGUCCAACCACCCGGGCAGGGAACUAGCUCUUGUCAUUUCUAAAGAAUCAGGCCAGAGUCAGCAUUUGACUUUCUGAUGUGUAUCACCUGACUUCGGCCAUCUCCUAAGGUGCUGCAUUUCCUUUUCUGUGACCUAUGGACACAUCUCAGAAGCCACUAUUGUGUUCCCCAUAACACUCACCUGGGGAAUAGGCUCUCCUAAUCCAAGGCUGUGGGGACCAAAGCACCAGCACCCUCGGCCCUCUACAUCCAGAAGGUACAGCAAGAGAGACACUUACACGUGACACAUGGCGUUUCUUGAAGGUACAUAGUGGACUGGCACUGCGUGGGUCCCCACAUUCGAUUUAUUUAGAAGUUGAGGAGCAGCAUUGGACCUUCAGUGUGGGAGCCUCUGGGGUUCACUUUAGUCACUUGGCUGCAAGGUCUCCUGCCUGCUGGGAAGAGAUGACUGGCUGUGACAAAUGAUGUUCUUUGUCUCCCUGGCAAAGGUGCUGUCCAGUAGUGGUGAACAUCACCCUGUUUUGGAAUAUACAAAUUAUAACAAGCUCUGUUUCAUAGUUGUCCCACCAGUUAGCCUUUUUGAGGCCGUGUCACUUCCAAAAUUUCAAAAGCCCUAAAUCCGAAUUACUCUAAUGUUGUGUAAAUGGCAGUUCUGUUCCUUGUACUUCUAGAACUACUUAGCGAUCCACAGGCCUACUUUUAAGCUGCUGCAUAUCGUGGCCAGCACUUCCUGGCCAGAACAUUUGGAGGCUGUUGCUCAGUUUCACCAGAGGUGCAUCCCCACCCCAGUGGCUAACCAGAUUACCUGUUAGCAUUUUUGGAAAGAAUUCCUGUUGGUCAGUGUCUGGAGCUAAGUAGAUACAAAGAGAAAGAUGAGUGUGCCUAUCACCGAGAUCCCAACAUGUGACACUUCUGGAUGAACAGUCAUCAGUCCAGCAUUGCUGAGAGCAGCAGUCUUGAGUGUACCUGUAAGGGAGGUACAGGGAGAAUGAGUGUGCUUCCUCCUGCUUCCCUGACUAAUCUUAGGAAGUCUAGAGCCAUUGCCCCAGAAGGGGGCUCGGUGUUUUUCCUUGGGUAAAUACACUUUAGAUAGUGUAGCUCAUGGUGUUAAAAGACCAAACCACUUAAUGGAGGCGACCCUUGCUGUGAAGGCCAUAAAUAGAGAGGUCAGGCUCCCAUCAGCCUGAGGUUUUCCCAUCUCCUACACUGCUGCAGUCAUGCUGGAGGCUCACGGGGGGUGUGGGUCAGCCUCUGAAGCCAUGCAGGGCAAAAGCCUGUUUGGAUAGAGCCCAUCUUGGUCCCAUGGAAGCGUGGAAAUGGGCUUACAUGGCUGAUGGCUGAGGCUCAGAGAAGCCUGCCACCAGGGAGGAAAACACACUGCACAAAUGCUGAGCUUUGAGCGUGAUUUAUGUCAUUCAUCAGGCCUAGAGAUAAAUUGAGAAGAUGUCAUGUAAGAGGAGGCGAGUAGGGCAGAAGAGUACUUAAAAUGGGCUUCUGGUUUUUCUCUUCUCAGCUAUGUGAAAAGCAAUUUGCUCUUGGUUUGAUUAGUAAAUUUAAAGAAUCUUCAAAAGUAAAUCUUUUCUUCAAAACCAAAAUGAUCUUCAGGAUAAAAUGACUUUGUUAAUCUUUGCUGCAGGAAAUGUUUUGAUCAUGUGAAUGCUUUUCCAGCCAAAUGUUUGUACUCCCUGUGCCCCUGGAGGCUACAGGUUUCUCUAACACAUCACCAUUAACUUCGUUCGCCAGGCAGAGCUCGGAGUCUCAUGGGAAAAUGGCUUCUGUCAAGCUAAGAAUAAGUAUCUGUAUCCUUUACUUUUUAAAAUGAAAUAAAAUAAUUUCUUCUGUGAAGGAAAA